AUGCAUGACUCAAGCUAUAAUAACAUGAAAGCAAUUUCAUAUGUUUUUCCAAAUAAGUUAAUAUCUACAAAUAAAUAUAGCAAUAUUAACACAAAUUAUAUAGACAAUUUAAAUACUAAAAACAGAGAUGUUUUUGAAUACAGUAAUAAUAAAUUAAAACCAAUGUAUAAUUCUAUCAGUUCGCCUGUAUAUAUUGAACAGGCAUAUAAUAAUCCCAAUAUAAUAAAAACGCCCAUAUCAAAAAAUUGUCAUAAUAUUGGAUUCCAAAAAAAUUCAAAUUGCCUAAAUUCAUUUCCGUGUCUAAGCACAAACAGUAAAAAAAUAGAAAAUAUGAAUACAGGAAAAAACAAUAACAAUAAAUAUGUAGUAAAAAGAGUAUAUAAAACCCCAUGCUAUUUACAUAAUAGACAAGUAAUUGUGCCAAAUAGUUAUGAAAACAUAUAUAGUGAGACAGCAACAAUUCCUCAAAAUUGCGAACAAUCUAUUUACAGCAAACAAUUUGCAAAACUAAAUUCUUAUGAAAACAUCCCAAAUUUAAAUCAUCAAAACAAUGAAAAUGAAAUGAAAUAUAUCCAUGAACCAUUUAAAAAAAGAGUAGUAAAAGAAAAUAUACGUGGAACAACAAGAAAAAAUAAAUUAAAUGAAUUAAUUAUGGUAAAAGAUGAACAAAUUAAAGAGUUAGAAAAAAAUAUAGAGAAAGAAAAAUCCCUAGAUGAAUUAGAUAGCACAUUAGAAAAUCAUAAAUUAAAAGAAAAACUUUUAGAUCAAAAAAUUAAAUAUGAAGAAGCCCUUAAGCAUUUAAAAAAAGUAGAAGAUGAAAAAAGAACACUAAAAACAAGUUUAAAUGCUAGAGAUAAAGUAUUAACAAAACUAGAAAAUGAAAUAAAUUCAGUUGAUCAUGAAAAUGAUUUUUUGCUAAAAGUAAAAGAAAAUACGAAUUUGAAUGAUAUACAUAAUGUUUUUAAGUAUUUACAUAGUGAUGCUAAUGAAAUAAUGAAAAAAAAUUUAAAAAAAACCAAAGGGACUAAAUAUUUAGAUGAAGAUGAAUUAGACAAAAAAAACUAUAGAAUGUUUAAAUCAAAAAUGGGUGAAGAUAUUUUUUCUGAAAAUGAGGAUAUAUCAGAUAAUGAGAAAAAUGUUUAUAAAAAAAAAGAAAAAAUUUCAAAAAAUAAUAUAUUAGAUAAAAAUGAUGUAUAUCUAUUAAAAUCUACAGUAGUAGAAUUAGAAAAGGAAAUACACGAUUUAAAAGAGGAGAACAAGAAUGUUAAUUUUAAAUAUGAAAAUACAUUUAAAACAUUGAGUGAAUUAAGAAAAGACACUUUGGAAUAUAUGGAAUCAAUUGUUUCUAGAGAUAUGAGAAUUGCAUAUAUGGAAAGUAUGCUACAAAAAUGUGAAAAAGAUCUAUCAAAAUUAAGAGAACAUUUUAAAAAUCAACAAUUAAUUUAUGGAGAAAAAAUUGAUAAAUUGAAUUCAGAAAUAAAAAUUUUGGAGCAACAAUCAUCUCAUCUACAGUCUAUGAUACAAGAAAAGGACGCACAAAUAGUUUUAUUAAAAAGUGAAAUAGUACGUACUGAAACAUUAAUAAAGCAGUAUGAAGAAAGAAAUAAGGAACUUCAAGCUGAACUAAGAUUAAUGUGUAAUAAUUUAGAAAAUGUGAUUGAAGCAUCAAAUAAAAAAGAUUUAUUUAUGAAUGAACUAGAACAACAAAUAAGAGAAAAUGAAGUUCAUAGACAACAUGCCUAUUUAAAAGAAGUAGCUAAGAAUAGAAAAAUUCAUACAGAUAUGAAAUUUAAAGAGAUUUUAUACGAUAAUUCAGCAAAACAUAAAAUUGAUGAAUUACAUCAUCUAAAAAAAGAAUUAUAUUUAAAUAAAAUACAAAUACAAAAAGCAAAAGAUGCAUUUGAAGUUCUUAAGAGGGCACCAAAAGCAGAAUGCCUAAUUACAGACAAUAUAGAUUGUGAUUAUAGUACUGUUAAUAAUUUAUCUGAAUUUAAAAAUGAAAAAAACUUAGAAAACGUGACAAAUGAAGCAAAACUAACGACUGAUAUUUACACAGAAUACAAAAAUAUGAAUCAUUUACCGAAAAAAAAAAAUAAAACAAAAAGUGACAUUUAUGUAUAA